UGUAGUUGCCGGGAGAUGGGAGGAUGCUAUCUGAGCUGAAUGCGGGGAAAGCGGGGAGCCCUCUGCGCUGGGUUUACGCCGCUCCUACGCUGCAGUUCCCCAGAAACACACACGGAGGAGUCGGAGAUGCGGAAGGGUGGAAACGAAAGUGACUGAGAGUUAGUUUCAGUUUGUUUUCUGCUCCGGGCCGGAUGGUCCUGAGCUCAGGGGGUUUGCUGAGAGCCGCUGUAUCCAGGCUUUUCUGAGAGCAGGAAUGCAGAGCACGGUUAAUUACCUCUGGUCACUCAGUGACAUCCUUGGACAGGGAGCAACUGCCAGCGUGUACAAAGCACGUCACAAGAAAACUGGUGAUCAGUAUGCUGUCAAAGUAUUUAAUCAUGUCAGUUACCUGCGUCCUUAUGAAGUGCAGAUGAGAGAGUUUGAAAUGUUACGGAAAUUAAACCACAAGAAUAUUGUAAAGCUGUUUGCAGUGGAGGAAGUGGGAACCAGUAAACAGAAGGUGCUGGUAAUGGAGUACUGCGCUGGUGGGAGUUUGCUCAAUGUUCUGGAAGAAUCGGAAAAUGCAUUUGGAUUAUCAGAAGCUGAAUUUCUGAUUGUUCUGGAAAGUGUUGUUGGUGGAAUGAACCAGUUGAGAGAGAAUGGAGUGGUCCAUCGAGAUAUUAAACCAGGGAACAUCAUGCGUGUGGUUGGGGACGAUGGCCAAUCCAUUUAUAAACUAACAGAUUUCGGAGCUGCUCGGGAACUCGAAGAUAAUGAACAGUUUGUCUCACUGUAUGGAACUGAGGAGUAUUUGCACCCAGAUAUGUAUGAACGUGCUGUUCUUCGGAAACCUCAGAAGAAGGCGUAUGGAGUCACGGUGGAUUUGUGGAGCAUCGGUGUGACAUUCUACCAAGCGGCGACCGGCAGCCUACCCUUCAUUCCAUAUGGUGGACCACGGAAGAACAAGGAGACGAUGUAUAAAAUCACAACUCAGAAGCCACAGGGAGCGAUUGCCGGGGUGCAGCACCGAGACGAAGGGUCAAUCGAGUGGAGUCAUGAGCUGCCAGUCAGUUGUAGAUUGUCCCGGGGUUUGAAGAACUUGUUAGUUCCCAUCCUUGCCAAUAUCCUGGAGGUGGAUCAGACCAAAUGUUGGGGAUUUGACCAGUUCUUUGCAGAAGCCAAUGACAUUCUCCACAGAACAGUGAUCCACAUCUUCUCUUUGCAGCAGGCUCUGAUGGUCAAAACCUAUAUCCACUCCUACAACACAACCAACAUAUUGAUGGACGCUCUCUUCAUACAGACUAACAUCUCCCCUCAGAAUCAAGAGUUUAUUUAUGAGGGCCAUCGCUUGGAGUUGGAACUGUCUCAACAGGUGCAGUUACUUCCUAAAACAACAGAAGACAGGCCCAUCAUCCUGGUGAGCACCAAGCCUGAGGUACUCAUUGGAGUUAUCUACAAAGAGCCUGAGAUACCACUGUUUCCUCCAAACUUUGAUAUUAUCAAUGAUGCAAGUCUCGCAAAGUCCGAUCGACUUUGUAAAUAUUGCAUUUUCUGUUCCAGUGCAAUUUUGAAGAAAGAAUGUGGGACAAUCCAUCAGCAAUUGACAAUGUUGAAUCUGAAGCUAAGUUUCUGUCAGAACACCAUGGUGCAAGUUCACAAACUAUAUGGGCCACUGACUCAGGAUCUGACGGAAAUGGGAGUUCUUCAUGUUAAGCUGCAGUCAGCUCAGGAAUUUAUUGUUACCGGCUCCCAUAAUGUUCAAAGCAUUCAGAAGCAAUUGGAGCAGAUCACAACUGAAUGGUGCCAGUACCGAGACUUACAUCAUGCAGACAGCACAGUUGGAAAAGUGGAAGUUUUACUGAAUAAAGUUUCUUCUAUUCACCAUCAGCUCAGAAAGGACCGAGUGAAGAUGAAACUUCAAUACAAUGAUGAGCAAAUCCAUAAAUUUGAGAAGAUCAAAAUGGGAAUGCAUACAAAGAAGGUGCAGAUGUUAGUCAGAGAGGAUUGUGUCCAGAAAUAUCAAAAGCUGUUGGCUUCUACUAAAGAAUGGAUGAGGAUAUGCUGUGAGACCCGAAAGCAACUGAUUACCUUUAAAAACCAGAGUGUGAACUGCAGUCAGGAGCUGGAGAAACACGAAGUUCAUUUGAAAAAGAUAUUAGACCAGGGGCUGCUGAGGCUUCAAACAGAACAACAAUCUGUGACCAAAAUACCAGCUCCUAGUGAUGGCUCUGAGCAGAAAUGCAUGGAUAUGGCAAUCAGGAUGAAGCAGCUCAAAAAGGAAAUGGAAGGUGUGUUAUGGGAACUGGAACAGAACAACUUGAUCAUUGAGAGGCUCAGUAUCCAGAAGCCUCACGGUGUCUGAGACCCACACAUUGAAGAUGGAUGUGGUGGGGGCGUGGUGUCUUUUGUGCUGUCACUUUAUAUUUCAUUGCCACGACAUUUGAAGGAUCAUGAUGUGGCUGAACUAGUACCAAAAACUGGCUGGAUAUACUUAUUAAAGAGCAAAAUAAUGGUCAAACUGCACCCUCCCACUUCCUGGAUUGUGUAAAAUAGGCAACUGAGUUUACAUCUCUCUGCAAUUUCAUUUCAGCAACUUAUUGGAAAGAUAAAUCAGGAAAAAUGGCUCCUGCCUUGCUAACAUCCAUAUAAACUAUUGAAGAAAGGAACAAUCUAUUGCAUCGCAUGAGUAAUCGCAUCAGAAACGCUUAUAGCUAAACCUAACGAAAAUCAAUAUUUGUGAGUAUAUGUGACUCAAUUUGUACUCCCUCAACCUUCAGAAUGGGGACAUUGUGAAGAUUAGCCUCAUUAUUGAAUACUCAGGGAAGCUAAUGACAUUGAACAUUAAAUGGAGGUUGCUUCUAUCAGCAAUAAAACAUCAAAUGACUCUACACUAUCAAUACAAAGUGAACAAUCUUCCUCUCUCCUUUCUCGAUCGGAAUCAGUCACCCUACAACAUAAUCAUCAUCGAUUCCUGGAUCCACUGAAUCUCACUUGACUCCAGGUCCAUGGAUAUUGGCUCCUGUCCAAAUCAGGAUCACAUGGUCAUUCUGCAUCAGUGUAGACAGCGAGUGUUGGAGAGCUGUGCAUCUCUAGGAGCUAAAGUGAUCAAGUGCUAUCCUCUCCUGCUAUCAACACACAUUCAGAAGACACUAUGGUGCAAUGCAUCACCUAGUUGUACCUGUUCAACUGCAUUCUCUGUGUUGUUCAGACCAGGAAUCAAUCCUGGGAUCUUCCUAAACCCCCAUAGUUCAACUUCACCAAGAAAUGCACUGUAGAACAAGAGGAGUCCCUACUGUUCCAUUCUAUCAGAUCCUGGCUGAACUGUGCUGCAGUCCCAUUUUCCUACCUUUACUUCAGAUUCCUCGGUGCUCUUGUCUAACAAAAUCUCUCAUCUCAAUCUUGAAAGUUCCAGCUGCCACCCAGCACUUGCAAUCUUUUGGAGAUGUGUCCAAUAUUCAACUCUGUUUAGAAGACUGAUUGCUGCUUUCAGUUCUUUAUGACCUGGCUCCGAUGUUACAGGUCCUGCCCCUUGUUUUGGGUCCCAACACCACAAGCAGCUGAAUCACCCAAACACAUGGGGAUACCAGCUCUGUCCAUACAACUGUGUGGUCAUAAUUGACACCUCAACAUUAAUCAGCUCAUAUAUCGCACUGAUUCCACUCAUAAGAUACCAUUCCUGUCCAGAAAUUGAAAGGUGGUUCUCCAAAUAGGGUCUGACUAAGGCUGUGUACAAAUGAAGCAUUUUUGAAAUAAAAACCAUUAAUCAAUUAAAAAA